CCAAGGUGACAGACAGACAGCCCACAGCCCUGGCUCAGAGAUAAAAGACCCGUCCAGCUGCAGACCAGGCACCUUUACCCAGAACUUUCUCCUGGACCCGAAGGACACCAUGAAGCUGCUCUCCCAGACGCUGUGUCUGUGCCUGGUGCUGGCUCUCAGCCAUGCCCACCACCAUGCUGGACAUCAAGGGGGAGAAGACGAGGGACACGAGGGACACGACCAUGGAGACCAUGGUGUUUUGCUCGACCGCUGCCAGGGGAUUGAGAUGGAUGCUGUUGCUGUGACUGAGGAAGGAAUCCCUUACUUCUUCAAGGGUGACCAUGUGUUCAAGGGUUUCCAUGGGAAAGCCGAGCUUUCCAACCAAUCAUUCGCUGAGCUGGAUGACCAUCACCAUCUGGGGCACGUGGACGCUGCCUUCCUCAUGCACUUUCCAGACAAACCCACUGAGCAUGACCACAUCUUCUUCAUGCUGGACACUAAAGUCUUCAGUUUCUACAAACACCAACUGGAGAUGGGCUUCCCCAAGGACAUCUCUGAGGUGUUCCCUGGUAUCCCUGACCACCUGGACGCUGCUGUGGUGUGUCCCGCUCCCGACUGUGAGGAAGACGCCGUCAUCUUCUUCAAGGGUGAUGAAAUCUACCAUUACAAUGUGAAGACGAAGAAGGUUGAGGAGAAAAAGUUUGAGGGAAUGCCCAACUGCACCAGUGCAUUCCGCUUCAUGGAGCAUUACUACUGUUUCCAUGGACACCAGUUCUCCAAGUUUGACCCUAAGACAGGGGAGGUGCACGGGAGAUACCCCAAGGAGGCCCGCGAUUACUUCAUGAAGUGCUCCAAGUUCGGAGACACCACAGACCACAUCGAGAGAGAGCGUUGCAGCCGUGUGCACCUGGACGCCAUCACCUCUGACGACGCCGGAAACAUCUACGCCUUCAGAGGCCACCACUUCCUGGAGCAAGAUGCUGGCAACGACACGUGGGCAGCCGACACCAUCGAGAGCGACUUCAAGGAGCUGCACAGCGAGGUGGAUGCCACCUUCUCCUAUGAAAACCACCUCUACAUGGUCAAGGAUGACAUGGUGUACGUUUACAAAGUUGGGGAGCCCCACACCCACCUGGACGGGUACCCCAAACCCUUGAAGGAGGUGCUGGGAGUGGAGGGCCCUAUCGACGCGGCCUUCGUGUGUCAGGACCACCACAUCGCUCACGUCAUUAAAGGUCAGACAGUCUACGAUGUUGACCUGAAGGCCUCCCCACCUGUUCCAGUUAAAGAAGGCUCCUUGACCCUCUUCAACAAGGUGGACGCUGCCAUGUGUGGCCCAGAGGGCGUGAAGUUGUUCAAGGGAAACCACUACUUCCACUUUCAGAGCGUCAAGGUCAUGCUGAUGGCCAAGGCUAUUCCCGAGGAGCACAAGACAGCCCUGGAGCUGUUUGGCUGUGACCACUAGAGGCUGAGAGAGUAGAGAGAAUCAAGUUAUGUACAACAACAACAACAACAAUAAAAACAGCAGCAGCAGAAGCAGCAACAACAACAACAACAACAACAACAACAACAACAACAACAAUAAAAACAGCAGCAGCAGAAGCAGCAGCAACAACAACAACAACAACAAUAAAAACAGCAGCAGCAGAAGCAGCAACAACAACAACAACAACCAAGUGGUUCGUCCACCACGUCACUAUAGUCAUUAUGAUGUCAUUCUCCUCUUCCUUUAAACUGAUAUAUAUCGACUGUCUCUUACCUCCAACACACAUUGCGUUGUCUAUUGUCCCUCUUAAUGUGCUGCGGUUUUCCCCCUAUGAGCCAGUGUCAUUGUGCUUAUGGUCCCAAAAGGUUGUCAUGGAAGGUUAUCGAGGGCAUAGAAUUCUUCUGAAUAAUGUUCUAUAGUGUUGUUCUAUAAUAAAGAUAAGUGACAACACCCAACAGAA